ACCAUUAUUGCACGGGACAUAAUGGACUUGGGAUAUUCGCAUGUUAGAAAUGAAGUGGACGAUCAGGUACUUCCUCCCAUGUUACUUUUAGUGGCUGUAGUGAGGUAAGCAUGGAUCAUCACAUUCAACACAUGACAACUAAAGUUGUCUCUGACUAUGAGACAGUGUCUAAUAUGUUUUUGAACUUUCAUUUCAAGAUGAAAAGUCUAGGAGACUCUUACAUUAAGUGGUUGAAAGACGCAAAGUGAGAGGAUGGUCUGGGGGUAGAGAGAAGUAAAGAUAGAGAAGUAAUAAGGUCUAUUCUGUGUAUCAGUGUAAUUCAGUGGAAAACAGAUACUGUUCCCUGUAUAUUCUUAAAUGUGUUCUCUCCUCUUUUCUCCCAUAACAACUGGUCCCCAAAAGCACUGGAUAGGUGUGUCUACUGCUGUAAAAGCCUUCUGCUUUCACCUAUCCUGAUGUGGUCAGAGGAAAGGGGACAAGAAACAGAAGCUGGUUAAGACUGUUGGGACACCGCACAGGGAGGAACCUCAAUGUGCAUGUAUCAUACUACUUUCACCUAUAUUGUGUUUUCAGAGGAGAGGAGAGCAUCUGUAGACUAAUGAGAUAUAGCCUCCUAGACAUUGAUGCUCAAUGCCGUCCUUCACGGAUGGUCCUAGCCAGCUCAGCCAAUCCUUGUUCUCUAUGCAAAUGAUACAUUGGGAUCUGUGCACUGAUUGGAGCUCUCUCUCAUAUUUGUCGUCGCCAUGGCUAGAGUUUGGAGGCGCUUGGCUGCUGGUCUGUGAGUGAGAGAUCACUCUGCCAAAGAGAGCAGGAGAAGGGGAGGAGAGAGGGGUGGAAUAGAGGGAGGGAGAGAAGAGGGCAGAGUGGGUGGGGAUACAGAGGGAAGUGAAGAGGGAGGGGGAGAAGGCAGAGGGAGGAAGAGGGGGCGGUAGAGCGAAAUAGAGAGAGAGAGAGCGAGAGGGAUCAUCUCACUGAUGCUGAGUCACAGACACGGGGUUCAGCCGCCGUAUCCCAUGAGCCUUUAGGGGAAACAUGGAGGAGCUCGAGCACACCUGCCCCCAGCCGCGCACGAUGCUGACUGAGCCUGCUCUCUUUGCUAAGGACACCAGCUGUGAGUGUCGCGCCCCUCAUGAGAGACUCUCCAUUGCUCAAGCCCGCAGAGGGACCCCAGUAGACCGUCCAGUGCGUGUAUAUGCAGAUGGGAUAUUUGAUUUGUUCCACUCCGGCCAUGCCAGAGCUCUGAUGCAGGCCAAGAACCUCUUCCCCAAUGCAUACCUCAUAGUGGGAGUGUGUAGUGAUGAGCUGACCCAUAAGUAUAAGGGUUUCACUGUGAUGACGGAGGAUGAGCGGUACGAGGCUCUGAGACACUGUCGCUAUGUCGACGAAGUGGUCCGAGAUGCACCAUGGACGCUCACACAGGACUUCCUGGAAAAGCACAAGAUCGAUUUUGUGGCUCAUGACGAUAUCCCAUACUCCUCAGCAGGAACUGAGGACGUCUACAAACACAUCAAGGAGGCAGGCAUGUUCGUGCCAACUCAGCGGACAGAGGGUAUCUCGACCUCUGACCUGAUCACUCGUAUUGUACGAGACUACGACCUCUACGCUAGACGCAAUCUACAGCGGGGCUACACCGCUAAAGAGCUCAAUGUCAGCUUCAUCAACGAGAAGAAGUACCGCCUGCAGAACCAGGUGGACCGUAUGAAGGAGAAGGUGAAGACGGUGGAGGAGAAGAGUAAACACUUUGUCUACCGUGUGGAGGAGAAGAGCCAUGACCUCAUACAGAAGUGGGAGGAGAAAUCACGGGAGUUCAUCGGUAACUUCCUGGAACUGUUCGGCCCAGAUGGAACAUGGAAACAGGUGUUUAGUGAGCGUAGUGGUCGGAUGAUCUCCUACGCCCUAUCACCCCACGGGUCGCCUAGUAACAGUCCCCCCCGGCAACUGUCUCUGUCUCGUUCCCCGUCUCCCCCCUCGCGCUGGCUUCACCCCCGACCAGCCUCCCCUUCCUCACCCAAAGGGGCUUCCGCCUCUUUCAGUAGCAUGAGUGAAGAAGAUGAGAACGAGAAGUAGGGGCCUGGACUGUGGAACAGACACUUGACACCACGCAUAUACACACACACCUAACAGCUGAUGCCAUGCAUACACACACACACACACCUAAGACCACAUACUCACUUACUGCCUGAAAGGUGCUGUCACACGCACACACAUUCUCUCUCUCUCCGACAUCCCCUUCCACACACUGGCAGCAAUGACUGGAUGCUGAAGGAAGUUGUAGAUAUGCAAGACAGAAGGGGGUCAUGGGAAAUGUAGUGUAGUGCUGUAGCACGAAGAAGCCAUCAGUCUCUGUUGCCUGGGCAACGAAGCAGACAGGAAUGUAGAGAACAGAAGAUGAUACGACUGACCUGUUUUUGAUUGCUCAGGUCUGACAGAGACGGUAAAUAAAAGAAUGCCUGUUGAUCAUAUCAUUCCAUCAUUUUAUGUCCUCCUUUUUCUCUAUCCUUUUGAUUUUAAGUCUCAUGUUAUGGUCAUAUUUUAGAGAAAAACCAGGGUAAACAUGAUAGAAGAUAUUUUCUGCAAUUUCACAACAAUUGUCUGCAGUGUGACUAUUUGCAUUGUGAUAUUAAGUGAGUAGCAGGGUUGGGGUCAAUUUUUGAAAUUUCGGUCAAACCAAAUUCCAAUUUGAAAUGUUCCUAAUUGAAAAGAAUCUGAAUUUUAGUGUACUUCCUGAAUUGAAAUUGCCCCAACCCUGGUGAGUAGACCUACACCAUUCCAGAACUCUCCAGAUAGAGAUUGAAUUUCUAGACAAACCGAGACAGUUCUCUAUACAAUAAGAGAAUAGACUGUCUGCACCAUUCUGUUUCUAAUUGCAUCAUUCUGUAAUGUGAUGCAUACUGACUGUGCCCUAGUUUGUAGGUUUAAGAGAGAAACACUGUCCUCUACAGGAGUAAGUAACUGCAGCCUUCCUGGGAGACAAGAGGCCACUUCAGACUGUGGACAUGCAACCCACAGAAUCACAAAUAAUUCUGUACCAGAUUAUUUGCCAUAGCAACUAGUCUCCCUAGGCAGAAGUGUUGCCUCCCACAGUGCUAGGUGGGAGAUUUCCGAGACUACAUAGCAACACAAAUGAAUGGAUGUUACAUUUCAACAACGGUAACACCAUGGAACUCAGUACGUGAUUGGGGAUUGCAUAAUGAACAAAACACUUGGAACUUCAGUAUCAGGGAUGCCCCCCCCCCCCCCCCCCCCAUGCUUUCCCAAUAUGGCCGCCUGCCCGGCCCAUCAAUUGUAAACAGUGCUUUCAACUGGAGAAACUGAUCUGUCAAUUUAUUUGCUUUUAGAGAAUGUACAAUUGUGACAGCUUAUUCAGGAGCCUUCCUUAUUAGAAACGAGAGAUCAAAGGUUGUAUAGUACAGGGAUGGCCAGUGUUAUCCACAAAGGGCUGGUGUGGUCCUAGAAUCAGGUGUUAUAACUUGGCUGGAAUAAAAGCUUGCACCCACACUGGUCCUUUGUGAAUAAGAUUGACCCGCCCUGCUGUCGUAGAAUCAUUGUGCUCUCCUCUUGCUAGUCACACAUGACACAGAACUGUUCUUCAACUCGAUGUCUCUCGCUACGACACCUCACAGGCCACAACUGUUCCACAGCGGAUACCCACAUAACAUCACUUCCUGCCACACCUCCUGAUCCACCUUAGAGACGUUCUUGUCCUGUAUGCAUUAUAUGUAAUCCUGCACUGUGUGUACAAGAUUGGGAAUGUGUGUUUCUGUUUGUAUCGUCUUAUUUUCUAAUGUAUAAUUCCUAAUGGCGUAAUAUGUAAAUAAAUAAAAAAUGAAAGUCAUUGAAAGUGAAGUAGAUUGGUGAUUGAGAGGAAACAAAUCUCUUUUUCAACAGAUUGACUCGUUUGCACACACGCAUAGAAAAAAAACUGGCUGUUUUGUUCUUUUUAUUGUAGCUUUGGAAAAUUGACAGUAGGUAUUGCAAGCUUGACCUCAUGCUGAAUACCUCUAUAUGGUUGUAUAUCAC